AUGGCACCCAUCCCAGGAAUGACUGGCGAGCCCGCGCGCUUUGAGAACCAGUACGACAUAGACUGGACAGGCCACGGCCCGUUCACUAAAAUAAUUAUAACUGACACGUACACUAGCUACAGCAAGCUUGAGAAUUCCCACGGGCUCCAGGGUUGGCCCCUCUUGCCCGUCUUCACUGCCAGCGUUCUUAUUGCGCUUAUUGUUGUGGGUAUCGUCGCCCACGUUUGCUUCUGGGGAAGGGACAGGUAUGUGAAGACUGCAUCUUCCGAGGAUAAGAUGAAGAUGGAGAACACCAAGGAAACCCGCUCCGGUAUGUUGAGACAUUAUAUCUCUUGCUAUGUGCUAGGCUCACGAUAUAUAGAUGGCUGGAUGUGUUUCAUUCUGGCCUGCCAUGCUGCCAUUACCCUCGGUGUGGUCUAA